UGUCGAAAUAGCUUUUCUUAUUACAAACAAAAGGGGUUAACAUAGAAAUUAUAUUUAUAUAUACGUACGUAUAGAUAACCUCUGUACUUAUAGGGUUGUGCAAUAGUUUUUGAUGUAAUAAGUUUUAUACAUGUCAUCAGAAGUCGGUAUAUAAAUAUAAACGGGGUGUUUUAACGAACAGUGAAUAUUUGGGGUCAGGGAAAUGGCUUGUUUUGGGUGUGAAACUCUUCUGUGGAUUGUUGCUAUAGUGAUUUUACUUGGUGCAGCAUUUUAUAUUUAUAUAACAUGGACUCACAGUAUUUUCAAGAAUGCCGGAAUCCCAGGACCAGUACCAGGUUUACUAGGAGUGGUUUUAGAGUACAGUAAAAGAAGUAUGGGCAAUAUUGAUAUAGAGCUUCAUAAGAAAUAUGGAAAAGUUAUAGGGUUUUUUCACACCAGACAACCAAUUUUAUCAGUGGCCGAUCCAGAAACGAUUAAAGAUAUAUGUGUUAAACAUUUUAGCAAAUUUGUUAACAGAGCAAAUAUAUUGCCAUUGGACAAGUAUGAAAGGGGAUUCCUGUCUUUGGCUCGCGGAGCAAAAUGGAAGAGCUCAAGAUCAAUCUUGACACCAACUUUUAGUUCUGGUAAACUUAGAGAGAUGAUGCCAUUGAUGCACACUUGUACAGACAAUCUACUUAAGAAUUUGGAACAAUAUGCCGGCAGUGGGAAAUCUGUUGACGUAAACAAAUUUAUCGCUGCUUACACAUUGGAUGUCAUCUGUAGUGUUGCAUUUGGUAUAGAUGUUGACUCUCAGAACGAACCCGACAACCCAUUGAUCCAGGCCUGUAUUAAAACCUUGAAAUUGAAGCUGAACGAUCCCAUCAUUAUGGCUUGUGCUACCUUCCCGUUUUUAACUGGAGUAUUAGAGUAUUUAGAUAUUGGUUUUAUGGCUACUGAUCCUAAAUCUGUUUUUACAAAACUUAUUGAUGAUGUUGUCAAGGAGAGGAAAGAAAAUCCAAGUAAACGGAAAGAUUUCCUCCAGUUGUUAAUUAAUGCCAACGAAGAAAGCAAAAAUAACGGAGAUGACUCGGAAUUUACGUACUGUGAUAUCUGGAGUGGCGUUGUGGUCUUCUUGCUAGCUGGUUCCGACACAACAGCACUUGCUUUAACAUUUGCACUCUACAACCUCGCAACACAUCCUGAAAUACAAGAACGUGUGGUGGAAGAAAUAAACACAAAUUUAAGACAGGAUGAAGUAGCCGACCAUGAUAAUGUUGGUAAAUUAACUUAUCUACAGAUGGUAGUAGAUGAAACUUUAAGGCUGAAUCCACCUUUACUGAGAUCAAGUCGUGCAGUUGGUGAAGAAAUGGAGCUAAACGGUUACAAGAUAAGGAAAGAUAUGGACAUUUUUUUGCCAAUUUAUGCCAUCCACAGAGAUCCUGAUUAUUGGGAAAAUCCGGAGAAAUUUGACCCAGAACGGUUUUCACCCGAGCAGAAAUCUUCACGCCAUCCGUAUUGUUAUUUACCAUUUGGAGUUGGUCCACGGAAUUGUAUCGGCAAUCGUUUGGCUCUUAUGGAAGUCAAAACUGUGUUGGUCAGCAUUCUCAGGAAAUAUCGAGUCAUCUGUUCCCCAGAGACAGAGAGACCAACCAUAGAGCUAAGACCUGCAGACUUCAUGUGUAGACCUAAAAAUGGUGUCUUCGUAAAACUGGAAGAGCGAGAUGGAUAAAUAUAAAAUAACCUGAAAGAAAAGAUAUGACUGAUGGUUUUGGUGUUUCUUUCUGUAAAUAUGUUGAAUUAUGAAAUCCAUUUACUGUUUCUGUUCUGUUCUGUUUUCUGCUCAUCUGGUGUUCUGGAAUGAGUUACCAUUUCUAGUUCCAUAUCAAGGAUCCCCAACCUUUACCUCCCACGGACACCUUGUUUUGUUCAGUUUCAUCAGGAUUGCUCCGUGACAGGGAUCUCCUACCUUUUCCUUCUCGCCACCCCGCUUAGGUCUAUGAAGUGACAUUAAACGUCUAGGGGGACCACGAUGACCCACUGGUACUGCCUUCCAGCCCAGUCUUGCCAAGAAAGCUCCGACUUUUUCUUCCCGUUUACCCUUGUAUUGUUCAGACUUCUACCUUAAUAAAGCAAUCUGGGAAAUGUUUUUAACAUCAUAUUUUUAUGUUUAAAUAACAAUAACAAUAGUAUAUAACAAGGUUAUUUCAUUAUUUUCUUCUCAAAAAAUAAAACAAAUAUGCAUGUAUUCAUGAACAGCAAAUCUCUGUGUAAAUUUAUGCUAGGAAUAUUCAUAAUUAAAUGAGGGGUGUUUUAGAUUUAGUUUUUUUUUAGAUAAUUCAAUGGGCUUGUGAUUCCAUCGGUGGAUGUUUCUUGGUUAAUAGUGCCUGCUUUAUUGCAAAUGUAUCAUGAUUUCACCGCUGUUGCUUUUUUAGUUGUAUUUGUAUACUAUUUAGUUGUAUUUUUUUACUAUUUAGUUAUAUCUGUAUACUAUUUAGUGAUUAUAUCUGUAUACUAUUUAGUUAUAUUUGUAUAACUUUUAAUUGGUACAGCUUUUAGAAAUGUAUGAUUUUAGAGCUUCUUAUGUAAUUAACAGUUUAUGACGAUUUUUUUAAAAUCUUUUUAUUAGACCAUUAAAUAUUUUAUGUUCUUUAUUUUCCUUUUUGAAAUGGCACUUAGGACAACUUUUUGUUUGAAAUGACACCAAAGAUUUGAUCUUAUUUGAAGUAGCACCGAGAAUGUUUAAUUACAGAUGUUCAAUUGACUUUAACAUAUUUUAUUGUGAGUUUAAUUAAACAUCUUGGGCAUCUUUUGUACUGACUUUAAUCACUGAGUAAUGAACAUUUAUAGAAAUUUUGUCACCUUCAAGAUUUUGUUGUUUAUUAUUGUUGUUUAUAAUCUGAUCUGAUGAAAGAACAAUACAAGUUAAAUUGUUCUUGUUAAGAAAAGGUGUUUUUGUGUGUAGUUGUAUUGUGAGCAUUUAACACUUUACAUUUAAAUAUACCUUCAGAACAAAUAACAUUUAACACAUCAACCUAUACAAUAUAUCUAUAGAACAAAUAAAAUCUGAUAAGUUUGACCAAGGGCCAUUAUAUAUAUACAUGUAACAAAAUGCCUUUUUGACUAAUUUUAGUGCUAUGCAAUUAAAGAUUCUUUCAUAGUUCCCGUCUCUGAUGCCUACUAUGUCCUAAAUGAAAUGGGGUUUAACGUCCUACUGUUCUGCUCCUACUGGGCUAAUGAAGAGGGGCAAACGUCAUGCAGUGUGCUACGCGGGAUAUUUUGCCCGGACAACGGGGUUAUGGCCUAUCAUUUCUUUUACGGACACGCCAAUGUGUACACGGGACCUCGGUUUUUCGUCCCAUCCGAAAGACUAUACAUUGACCCUUAGCAGGCCCUCCGUCCUACACUACUGACAAGGGGGACCACGCCGGAAAAACCUGAUGAACUUCCUUGGUGGACGCAGGGAUCAAUCAUGGGACCUCCAGGUUAGCGAGGCAACGUCCUACUCAGUGAGAAACCGUGGCUCCUAUUAUAUACUAAAGGUUUCGAUAUUAAAUGAAAAAAAAGUAAACUAACGUUGCAGAUCGUCUUGUUUGAAUACGAGGGUCAUAUUGAGACUAACAUAUAAUAACUAUCAUUUUAAUGGUUACGUGUGCAAUGCUUUGCGAAGGAGGAUAAUUUUGAACGUGACAGUGGCGUUUCCGCCUACUCUUCUUGAAUUUUCAUUUGUCAAUGUUCUUUUACGAGGGGACUCCAAGGACUAGGUACAAUUUUUUGUCGACCUCGAGGGUGCACCACGUAGAAGUGAAAAUCGGGCUCGAAAAAUCACUAUGUUUCUUCUCGUGUCAUUCCGAGAAUUCUAGUCGAGAGACCAGUCCUGUGCUCUAAACCCUCGACCACCAGGGCUCCUCGGAACUAACCAACCAUGAGGUAGCACAAAUAAUAAUUCAAAUAUGCGAACAUGAUCAGAUGGAAUAACUAUAUAACAAAAUGUCCGCCAUAUUUUAGAACAUAGUCUUCUUAUAAUUAUCCUUACUUCAUUAAACAAUUCAUCUUCAAAUCAACCGGAAACCUGGUUCACAAUUUCCAAAACAUCUGAACUAAUCUAAAAGAUGUCGGCAACAAUACAUACUUGUCGUUUAGCUCAAUUUAGGAUGCAGGUUGGAUGUAAGAAUUGUUUAAAAGACAAUAGAAGUGGCCAUUAAUGAG